CUAAAAGUUUGUGGGUUUACUUAUGAUUAAUUCCAGUCUCAGCUGCCACAACAUCUGCCAUCACACUCUAAGUGUUAAGUAAUUAUUUGUAAACUAAUUAAGUAAUGUGAUUAACAUGGUUUCUAAAAAGAGGUUCAUUUUACACAAGUUGAAAAAGUAGAGUCACACAUUUUGAACUUUUUCCACACAUUCCCUGGUUAGGAAAUUUUAGGAAUGAGCUGUUAAACAGUUGUUAUGUUGCACCCUGCAUGUAGCCUGAUGGAUGAAGAGAUUUCUUUUUAUAGGUUAAGAACAUAAGAACACUGGGUCAGAUCAAUGGUCCAUAUAGCCCAGUAGCCUGUCUUCUGAAAGUAGCCGGUACCAGCUCCUUCAAAGGGAAUGAACAGAACAGGACAACUAUCGUGUGGUCCAUCCCCUGUCAGUCAGAGGUUUAGGGACACUUAGUUAAGGUUGCAUCCCUAACCAUCUUAGCUAAUAGACAUUGAUGGAUCUAUCCUCUGUGAACUUAUCUAAUUUUUUAAAACACAAUUAUACUUUUGGCCUUCACAACAUCCCCUGGCAAUGAGUUCCAUAGGUUGACUAUAUGUUGUGUGAAGAAGCACUUCCUUAUGGUUUUAACCUGCUGCCUGUUAAUUUCAUUGGCUGACCCCUGGUUCUUGUAUUAUGUGAAGGGGUAAAUAACACUUCCUUAUUUACUUUCUCCAGACCAUUGGUAGACCUCUAUCAUUUCCCCCCAUAGUCAUCUGUUUUCUAAACUGAACAGUCACAGUCUUUUUAAUUUCUGUUCAUAUGGGUGCAGUUCCAUACCCCUCAUCAUUUUAUUGCCCUGCACUGUACUUUUCCCAAUUCUAAUGUCUUUUGCCAGAAGGAGUAACCAGAACUGCACACAGAAUUCCAGGUGUGGACAUAACAGAUUUAUAUACUGGCAUGAUGAUAUUUUCUGUAUUAUUAUCUAGCCCUUUCCUAAUGGUUCCUAGCAUUCUGUUAGCUUUUCUAACUUCUGCUGCUGCUUUUACCACACGGUGGUAAAGGCAGCGGAGCUGCAAACAGUUUGUCCAGAGGCCAGAACAUUUAAUCCACCCUGCGAGGCUAAUGAUUAGGUGUGUGGAAAUUCAAUCAGAGCCUCUUUUGUCCCUGCUGGGGGCUCCAUGUGUGACUGAGCACUCAGCUUGAGGAGAAGCGUGCAUCCCACUUCCAGAAGCAGGAAUGUUUCCAUGCAUUUCCAGCCAAACAGCACUCCAGACAGAGGAAGUAGAGAAGGGAUAUCUGCUGCUCUUCCCAGUGGGAGGCUGGAGUCUGGAACAUAGAGCCUUGGAAUCCAUGAAGGUCAGCUCGUAUAUGGAAGACUGAAAAGGGAACAGAUGUUCCUCACUAUUGUUAGAUUUUUCUGAUUGUUUUCACCAGGUUGUUAGCAGUAAAGUGCAACAUAAACACAUAUGACUUUUUAUUGGGAGUGUAUGUAACAGAAAAAGCAGUCACUAGUAGCGGUAUAUGAUUUACUGCGUUAGGACAAAGGUCUUGCCUGCCGAGAGAGAAAUUGUAUCUCGGGAAUUAUUAAUAGAGACAUUAAUGCCUUUCUUCAAAGGUAUUUAGUCACUGUUAUUUAGUCCUGGGAUUAGGCAUGUAAAUCCCAAUUUUGGCUCCAAUGUAAUCCACAAAACUCUGGCCAAACUGUGUAGGUGCCUGAACUCACUUGGCACCUAUAUUUUUCAAGGUAGUAUUUUUCUAGGGGCCUAUGUUUCUGCCUUUGGGUAUGUGCAUUGCUGCCUCACUGUAGUCCUCUGGACAUCCAUCUCCUGCCUAAGCCCCUGAGCAAUUCAGAAACCGGAUGAAGACAGGCAUUUAGUCACUAUGUCACUGAUAGGGUAGGCAAGCUCAGAGGCUGCCUACUUGAUUGGGUCCCAUUUAAAACCCAGCUAGAGAAAGAGCCCACCUUAUAACUUUUAGCCCAAUUGUUCGAGGAUUCACCUGGGAUGUGGCACACCCAGCUUUAAUUCCCCUCUCUGCCUGAAGUGGGGAGAGGAUUUCAACAGGGUCUCCUACCUUUCAAGAGAUGCUCUAACCACUGGGCUAUGGGUUAUUCUGAUGUUGGGCUCCUUUAGUCUCUCCUAUUGAAGUUGUUGCACUCUGGCUAACUAAUGAAAGAGAAGUUGAAGCAGGGGGACUGGCCAUGGUGUCUCCCACCUCCCAGGUGGGUGUCCUGACCACUGAACUACGGAAUCAUUCCCAUUCUCUUACUGACCGAAUGACAAAAGUCAGUCAUCCAACUAUCUGUCUAGCUGACAAGAGAUUUCAUUAGUAUUAAAUUGUAGUAAAUAUUAGGCUACACUCUCAAGGAAUUUGUCCAAGAACCUCCCCUGGCCAAUAUCCAUCUAGCACCAUGCCAGUAGGUGCUGUGUCCGAGACUGGCCACUAAGGGGCACCCCACUGCAAGAAAUAUAUUUUUCAUGCGGAGUUGAACAAACUUCUGCAAACUUCCCCAGCAUCUCGGGUUGCUCCGGGGUGCGUAUUUCCGUUGCUCUGACGCUACCUUGAGCCUGGGGUCGGAUAGGAGAAAGCAAUUUCCCCCCUGAAUUGGGAGGAGAAGAAAGAAGAGAGGUUCUACAGCAGCAAGAAGCUUGGCUUUAACUGCUCACUUUCACAGCACAAACACAUUUAGCUGCCUUUGGCUCUGGGCUGAACUAAAAAGUUUCCUGAAUGAAGUGAGACGCAAGUCUCUCCAGCUUGAAUGAAUUGCUGCUGUGCAGUUUGGACCGCAUUCCCUGUAGAUGAAGUGUUAGUGGCAAAGGCACAUUGCUAGCUGGGCUGUCAGUCUCCAGCCUGUCUCCUUUCUUGGCAGCAGCAUCCCUGGGCUGUUGGUCACUGGCCAUCCUUCCUCAGAGGCAGGAAGUCAGAGCCAGUGGGCCCUGAUGGUGACCACACAACGCGGCAAGGUGAUUAGCGUUAACCGUGAUGACCAGAAAAUGAAAGCCAGCAAGAGGGACCAAUCUUUCUGUCUUUUUCAGGCCGAGUAUCUGAGCCGACUCCUGGAGAGCACUUCUGUGCUUGCGUAAGGGAGGGGAGAGGGCGCGGGUGUCACCCGUUUUCUUGCGAAAGGAUUCUGCAAAAUGCUGCGCAGUCUUGUUUGGUCCCGUUAACUCCCCUCAUCCCCGGGCUGAUCGGCCCCUGUGCAGCGUUUUCCCGCACUGCGAUUUCUGCUCUUUCGAAGAGGCGGGGGGGGGGGGGGGCGAGAGAGACCUGCUGCGAUCGGGUUACAGCGAGCCAUGGGGGAGCAGAGGAGGGGCCGCUUGGCGAGGAGCAGCAGCGGGUCGGAUGAAGUGCUGAAGCCAUCCCUGGGGGGAUCCGCUUUGCCUCUUUCCGCUGUCUUCCGGGCCAGCCCCGUGGCUUCCAGCGAGGCUUGGAUACGCUAAGCCGGCUCCCCGGAGGCGCUAUGCCCCAUCCCAGCUGCUGAUCGCACGCAGCGGGUGGGGGAAACCCCGGGAAACAGGUGCCCUCCUCUUCCUCCAGCUCCACGCUGCCGCGAUUGCUCUCUCGCCAGCGUUCACCCGCGGGGCGCCCGUACGGGAAGGACCUGGGGCGGGCAGAGGGAGCUCGGCGGCCUGAGCUCGGCCGUGCCCCCGCUGUCUGACGGCCCGGUGCUCGGGGGCGGGGGGGGGGGGAGCUGCACCCCCUGCUGCCGGAGGCGCGGAUUCACUUGCUGCCGCCCUGCGCGGCCGCCGCCGCCCUGAUGGCUCCCGCUGACAGGCCGCUCGCGGGGAGCCGGGGCCGCCAUGUGCCGCGCGGGCCGCCGCCGCCGCUGCUGCUCUAGAUGCUCCUAGGGGCGUCCUGGCUGUGCGCGCCCGAGGCAGCCGCGGCGAAGCGGGGAGCGGAGGCGCGGCGGGGAGGCGGCGAAGCGGCGGCGGAGGAGGCGAUGGACGAGUCGUCCCUGCUGGACUUGCUGGAGUGCUCCGUGUGCCUGGAGCGGCUGGACACCACGGCCAAGGCGCUGCCCUGCCAGCACACCUUCUGCCGCCGCUGCCUGGAGAGCAUCGUCAGCUCCCGCCACGAGCUGCGCUGCCCCGAGUGCCGCAUCCUGGUGGGCUGCGGGGUGGACGAGCUGCCCGCCAACAUCCUGCUGGUCCGGCUGCUGGACGGCAUCCGCCAGCGGCCCCGGGGCGGCGGCGGCGGCGGCGGCGGCAGCCCCCCGGCGCUGGGCAGCGCAGCAGCGGCGGCCGCCGCCGCCCCUGGCAGCGGAGGAAGCGACCCGGCGGCGUCGCCCGCCUGUCAUCCCGCGGCCGCCACCGGCUCCCCCAGCGCGACCGCCGCCAGCCGGAGCGCCCUGCUGGGAAAGAGUAUUUCUCAGCUGCCCUAUGGUAAAGCUCUCUACACCUAUGAGGGAAAAGAACCUGGUGACCUCAAGUUUACCAAAGGGGACAUUAUCAUACUACGACGAAAGGUGGAUGAGAAUUGGUAUCACGGAGAGCUCAAUGGAAACCAUGGCUUCUUUCCAGCCAGUUAUAUCCAGUGUAUCAAGCCCCUUCCACAAGCUCCGCCUCAGGGCAAAGCACUUUAUGAUUUUGAAAUAAAGGAUAAAGACCAAGACAAGGACUGUUUAACCUUCACCAAGGAUGAAAUUUUGACUGUUAUCAGACGAGUAGAUGAUAACUGGGCAGAAGGAAUGCUGGGAGAUAAAAUUGGAAUUUUCCCUAUUCUCUAUGUUGAGCUCAACGAAUCAGCUAAACAGCUUAUAGAGAUGGACAAGACAUGCUUAGCUGCUGCAUCUGGCUGUGAUGUCCCUUUGCCAUCUGACACCAACAUGGCAGUAAAUUUGGCCCAGUGCUCUAUUUUAAAUAAUACAGGAGCAGUCAGUGCCAUUCAGCGGCAUAUUGAUGGCAAGAAGAAUGCCAAGAAACGCCACUCCUUCACUGCUCUCAGUAUGACACACAAAUCCUCUCAGGCCAUGCAUAACAGGCAUUCCAUGGACAUUAGUGCUCCAGUUUUGAUCAGCUCUAGCGAUCCCCGAGCUGCUGCCAGAAUCGGAGACUUGACUCAUCUUUCAUCCAGUGCUCCAACCCAGGACUCCUCCUCAAUUGGAACAGCUACAGUGGCUGGACCCAGAACAAGUGCAAUAAUUGGAGAUCAGGGAACACCGACAAAGGUCCAGCUCCCCCUCAAUAUCUACUUAGCUCUGUAUGCAUACAAGCCUCAAAAGAAUGAUGAGCUGGAGCUGCGUAAAGGCGAAAUGUAUCGGGUCACUGAGAAGUGUCAGGAUGGCUGGUUCAAGGGAACAUCUCUAAGAACAGGAAUGUCUGGAGUCUUUCCAGGCAACUACGUGACUCCUGUUUCCAGAGUGCCUAUCGGAGGUGGCCAGCCCAGGAAUAGCUUAGCAGGUGGGGCUCAGACAAUAAAAGGAUCCCCAGGAGCUGUUCACCCAGGAGGUGCAAGUCUUACAAAUACAGCCACUGCUGUCAGACCUGUUGUUCCAAUCACUGCACCUCAGACACAUCCCCAACAACAGACUGCGUCUCCUCAGAUGAAUAACUGCAUGAGGUAUUCAGCCCAGCAAAUGGUCAGCCAGACUCGCAGUGCCUUGCAGAUGGUAGCACACCCUUCUGCCCAGGUACCAGAACGGCCCACAGCAACCGUCUCACCACUGAGAACCCAGAACUCUCCAUCCCGUCUCCCAGCCACUGUGGUUAGAUCACACUCCAUGGCUUCUCCACAACACGUCCACCAGUCCCCUGUCCAAGUUAUUCCUGGAGCACAGUGUGCCAGGCCCAUCAUUCCUCUCACUUCAGCAGCAGCAGCCAUUACUCCUCCAAAUGUCAGUGCGGCCAACUUGAACGGGGAGGCAGGAAAUGGGCCAAUCAGCAGCUUGGUGACUUCAAGUCCAACCAACACCUCCUGCAAAGCAGAGGAGAGGAAAAAUGAAAAGAAAGAGAAGAAGAGCGGAUUGUUGAAACUUUUAGCCGGCGCGUCAACAAAAAAGAAAUCACGCUCCCCUCCAUCUGUGUCUCCAACACCGGACCCCCAGGGAGCCAUGGAGGGAGCUCUGCAGGGAGCGAUGGGACCUGAACUCUCCUCACUCUCCAGCCAUGGCAGGGCAGGUUCAUGCCCAAUUGAAAGUGAAAUGCAAGGAGCUAUGGGGAUGGAGCCACUGCACAGAAAAACAGGCUCCUUGGAUUUGAAUUUUUCCAUUCCCUCUCCUGCCAGGCAGCUACCUUCUUCGAUGGCAGCCAUCCGUCCAGAGCCCAAGCCAUUGCACCGGGAAAGGUACCGUGUCGUGGUUCCAUAUCCUCCUCAAAGCGAAGCAGAGAUUGAACUGAAAGAAGGUGACGUUGUGUUUGUGCACAAGAAGAGAGAGGAUGGCUGGUAUAAGGGGACAUUACAGCGAAAUGGCAGGACGGGCCUCUUCCCUGGAAGCUUUGUAGAGAGCUUCUGAGGGCUUGCUUUCUUCCCCGUCACCACUCUCUGAACUGAAAGAUCUUUCAGGGGAAAUUCCAUAGCACAAGAAGAGACAGCAAAGGGAAAUGUGACUGAUAUCCACUGCCAUUUUUACAUCCAAAGACUCCCCGGGCCCUUCAUUCUACAGCUCUGGAAGCACAGUACCUGCUCGGCUUUCAAAACCAUGUACAGUACAUACAGUGGUAUGUUGACAUAGUGCCUUCCACUUGGAAUCAUAGACUGAGAGGAUGCACAUGUGGUUUGUAUCUAAACUAAACUCCAACCGUUACCCAUUAUGUAAAUUAUAGAGAAAAUAUCUUUUAAAAAGUUGUUAUAUUGCUGUAACUUAUUUGUCUGAGCUGCAGUGUUCUUAGUACUGGCCUAUGCAAGACGGAUUUGGGUGUGGCAGGAGGCAGAGUAGGGAGCUCUUGAACUGGGAUUUUAUAUUUCCUGGGGGAAAAGCGGAGAGUGUGGGAAAAAUCCAACUGAAGAUUUGUGCAUUGUUCUGCCAGAAAGAAUUAGGAGUCCAAAAUGUUAGUGUCAUGCUUUCUAUAUACCUCAAAAAUAUGCUGCAUAAGGAUGUCAGUAAGCGUGUUAGUGAUCAGAGUUGCAUUUCAUCUGAAGUACCUGUGAGAUGCACUGGGCAGAUCCUUGAGGAACUCUGGCUCCAGCAUUCAAUUGCGGUUAUUUGAGUUAUCUGUCCAUAUUAUAUGCAGCAUUUUUUUGCCCAUCCAGUAUCCAACUUUCCAUUGCUUUUUUUCUUUUCUUUUUUUUGAUAUGACAUACCAUUUUUAAUUGUUCGCAGUAUUGUUGCAGCUGUGUUGGUCCCAGGAUAUUAAGGAGGCAAGUUGGGUGAGGUAAUAUCAUUUAUUGGACCAACUAUUUGUCCAAUAAAAGAUAUUGCCUCACUGACAUUGUGUCUCUAAUUAAUACCUUUUUAAUGUAAGAACUGUUAUACAUUUUAUAUAUAUAAAUAUAUAUAUAUUCUCCUAAGAGAUCAGGCAUUUCCUGUUUUUCAUACAUCUGGUGCUUUUAUUAUUAUUAUUUUAUUAUUAGGAAGAUCCUGUUUGGCUUAAGAGAGAGACUGUUAACAGCAACAUCAACAGACUUCACAUUUAACAUGUGAAUUCUGAAACGUACUGAAAGUAGAUUUCAUCAAGGUGAAUAUGUUUGUUAGUCCUACAUGAAGCAAGAGAGAAAAAUCAGAUUAGGUGGUGAUAUAUAUAUGUGUGUGUGUUUGCGUGUGCAUGUGUGUGUGUGUAUGUAACUCACUUUCUUUAAAUAUAGUUUCUAAAGACCCUUAAUAAAGCACAGUAAUCUGUCGAGACAAUGGUAAUUAUUCAAGAAUUGGGAGUAUUUCCAGGAGGAGCUAUUUUAAUUGACUUUUACAUGGCAAUACAAAGAACACUGCAGGUUCCAGCAAGCACAGGAAUUGUGGAAUUUUCCUCUCUUGUUGCAUCAGAGAGAAGAGAGCUGAACUGCAACGGCUGUAAUUAGCAUUGUCAAAAUGUGAUUUUUUUUUACUGUAGAAAUGUACAGUUCUCAACACUGUUCUAACCUGGUCAAGCUACAAUACAAAAUAUAUCAGGCAAUAUAACCCUCCAUCUACAAGGGACCUAAAGGUGCAAUAAAUGUAAAGCAAGUUUAUGCAGUUAUUUGUAUCAAACAAAGAAGAGAAAAAUCUGAUAAUGCAAGUGUGGGAGUAUUUAAAAAAGAGGUUCAGUUGUGGUCUCCUGUAACAAAGUUAUAACAAAAGAAUAUUCUUAACUAUGUUGUGCCCUGCCUUUCCUAGUGACUGGCUGCUUGCCCAGACCAAGAUAUGGUGGUCAUUCAAGACUAUGUUAGAGUUGUAGUAACCUAGAGAUGAUCUUAGUAAAAAGAGGAUGCCCAAUGGGUGUAUGCCAGUACUUUGUUCUCAGUAUUUCUUAUGCCGAAGGGGUAGGUUUUGUUUUCAUUCAAGCCAUGUAUGCCAGCACAUAUCAAAACAUGUAUAUGUAAACAUUCCUACUUAUGACAGGUUGAAGUGGGCUGUAGCUCACGAAAGCUUAGGCUCAAAUAAAUUUGUUAGUCUCUAAGGUGCCACAAGUCCUCCUUUUCUUUAUUCCUACUUAUGUUGAACUGAAUGACUUCAUUCUCUGUAAAAUAAGUUUCUCUUCCUGUCAUUUGUAACAGAUUUCAGAAACACAGUCCGCGCCUAGCAUUACACCUUCAAAUCACAGAAACAUUAUUUGGUUGGAGGGGGUUUUUAAUGUUACCACAUUUGUUCAUGUUCCAGGUUGUAAUCAGUCAUCAGUAAAAUAAACGGUUAGUGUUAAGAGGAAAUUGCCUUUUUAUAACCAAUAAGAGCUUUAAGAAAUUUCUUCUGCAAAAGGCUGAUUGAAGAACAGAGCACUAUCUAUCCAGUCAUUUCAUCCAAAUCGGAAAUGGUAUCUCUGCACUUUGAGCCAUGAUCUGGUCAGCUAGCAAGCUGGCAAUGCCCCCCCCCAAAAAAUGUGUUUUACACACACACACACACCCUGUUUCUCACAAUGCUAACCAGGAAUUUAGAUAGAUAGAUAGAUUAGAUAUAAAUUCUUGGUUAGCAUUGUCAGAAACAGAUUUUUCUGACAAACUAUUGUGGCUAAAUAUCUGUUAAAAUUCUGUUCCAUGGUAUAUUUACUAUAUCCAGAGAAAUGAAACAGGAAUAAUAUUGUAUUCAAUCAGAUCUAAAAUAGUUCCAGAAUUCAAUGUUCUAAUGCUUAAAUCUAAACAAAGACAAAAGCUGUUAUGCAAGAAAAUAUAGAAAUGUCUGUGUAAAAUCAGUGUUUUUAAAUGUAUUUUGCAGUCCGGGCAAUAAUAAUUUUUAACUAUACAUGAUGAGGGUAAAAUAACCCUUUCAGUCACACCUCCUAUAAGGAGAAAUAUUUUUUGGUGUUUGAUAUUUUGAAAACAGCUGUUUCUGGUCCCCAUUUAUUGCUUACCAUAAUAAUAAUUGUCUUGGACAAAUCAAUUCCAUGCAAAGAGCACAACUGCAGAAUAUAAGACUAAUCAGUGGUACAAGAAAAUGACCCAGUGCCAUUUAGGAAGUCCUUGACCCUGGGAGGGGAUUGGCGCUUACUGUGAUCCAUUUUUAAAUUGCAUACAAAGGAAAGACAGAGGAGGGGAAGGGAGUGUGCGUGCAUUUCCUACAAGAAAAAAAAAAAGUUAAAGAAUCCUUCUGGCAGCCUCAUUUUGUAAAAUGCCAGGUUUGCUGAUCUAGAAAUGGUUUCAGCUAAUUGAACAAUUCCUUUGUACUUUGCACAGCUCAGAAAAUGUUUUUGUUAUACAUGAAUGUUAACGUGAUUUAGAAAAUAUUGAUGGUUACUAGUAUAAAUGAACUACAAGGACUGUGUUUCUGAUGCUUUAAAUAAAAUAAACAUUGAGGUCACUUGA